UCCUUUUUCUCCGGCAGGACAAUAGCAGGAGCUCCAAAGAAAACUGCAAGUGUGGCGAAAAUUGAUUCCAGCAUAAAUAAAAGGCAGUGAAGCGUGGUCGGACAAGGAUAACGGGCAGCGGCCAAAAGGAUUUGCGAUUGGCGUGUGUAGGUAGGUGGCUAAAAGGGAAAAUCAAUAAUAGCCACAUGUAAGAGGACACCAUCACAGGAGAGGACACCGGGCAAUAUGGUGGCUGACGACCACAGGAUGGAAGGGCAAACGACGUCUUGCUGCCACAAGUGAGCAACCGCUGGGAGCUACGGAAGGGUGUGAACGGAAGAAUUGAGAGCGGAAAAUGUCGGACAGAUAUCCGGGCAGCUUUUACGAUCAGCCGCAUUAUCCUUCGCCCCAUCCGGGUGCCCACGCCGCCGCCGCCGCCAUGUCGCACUAUCCACCGCAACCCUACCGAUCGGGCUAUACCGGCUACCACCCGUACAGCGGCUACAGUUACGGAUCCUCCGGCGCUGCGUCUUACAUGCCCAACUACUAUCGCUAUGCCCCGUACGCCUCGCCGCACUACAGUCAGCACCACCAGGGCAUGUUCACGCCCGCCGGCCAGCAACUGAUCCCCUCCAGCGUCCUCCACUACCCGCCCAGGUCGCAUCCAGCCUACCAGCCGCAGCAUCCUGGCUACGAGCAGCCUGCUCCCUCGCCCUACAGCUCUUCCGCCUCAUAUCAGAGCCGGGGAUUCGGUAGCUAUGCCGGAUACGUGCCCCCCGGCAGAUCCUCCACCCCAGCGCCGAACCGCACCGUCUUGCCACCAAACUACAUGGAGCCACUACGCGGCUACAAUGAGCACGCGAGCUUGCAACAGCAGCAGCAGCAACAUCUCGGCCACCAGCCGCAGCAACACUUGCCACUGUCUGCCACACCAAAGCUGGAAGAGCCCGAUAUAGAAGUGGAGGCCGGAGCCGGGUCUCCGGCCCAGAGAUUGACAACCUCGCCGCCCAUGAUAAGCGCCACCGGGACGGACAGCGGCAUCAGCAACUGCAGCACCCGAGCCCGCAGCGACAGCAGCCAGAGCACGCCGGUCUACAGCGGCGAGUAUCCCGUGAACAUGUCCGUGGAGUCCGCCUCCUGUGUCCCUUAUCACUGCCCGGCAGACGGGCGGGAUUACGAGGAGGAGGAGCACCCCCCACUGGAGGAGCGAAGGGGGGCGCCACAAUCCGACACUCCGCUCGAUAUUCCCGAUGACAUAAGCGCGACAGCAGCGCCGUUGACUGCGACAGCGACGUCACCAGUAGCCACUGAUAAGGCUGCCAAGGCACCGCCACCACCUCCAACUCGACCACCCACUCCCCCGGAUGUUGCACGGCGUGCGGAAAUCAAUUUACAGAAGGAGACACCCACGGAUGGGCCCACGACACCGCAGGACACGGCUGCUCCUGAUCCAGUACACGAGACUGCAGCCUCGGAGGAGCAGUCAGAAGGACAUGGGCCACAGCAGCAGCAGCAGCAACAUCCUGUGACGUUAGCAGCCACGGCCAACUGGAGUCCAACGCCGCGGCGCCCGCGCACUCCGCCUGCCCCCCAGAACUCGCCCAUUGGUUUUGGCCAGUCUACUACAAUACCACCAGCUUUGGCUCCCUUCCUACAGCAGCAGCAUCAGCAGCAACAUCAGGCUGGCAACAGCCUCAAGAGGAGUGCAACAUCUGGCAGGAAUCGGGGCAGCAACAGCAGCAGCAGUUGCAACAGCAAUAGCAGCAAUCGUAUUAUGGAGUGCGAUCUUAUUCCGAGCAAGAAAUCAAAAAGGAAGAUGGCCAAAAAGGAUCCUGGGGAUAGUGAAAGCUUGGAGGGAGUGGAGUCUACGGUUAGAGAACAAAUUAGGGACAUCAAACCGCUGCCAGGAUUUCUACAGGCCUUUGGCUCCACGGAAAUCGGACGUUUCUCGGAGAGAUUCCUGCAGACUCCAGAGUCCUUGGUGGAGCGCCUGGCCGAGGAGUAUGCCAGCAGCUCGCCCAUUAGUUUCCCAUCCGGAGGCUAUGCCGAGUCAUCGACGCCGCCCACUAGCAACUGCUAUCCGUAUGAGGAACCAAAUAACCCGGGCUACCCAAGGAAUAGAAUGCGCAGCAGCUACGGCUAUGAAAUGGCGGACUACAUGGCGUAUGAGCGAUAUGCCGCCUAUGGGGCGGGAAGACCGGCAGGACGAACUCGCUACGGGGAAAUUCGCUGCAAUGGCUACUAGAUGCGAUAGAUCUAUGGGAGGAUAUAUAGUCUAGGGUUAGUGUUGUUGUAGUCGUGCAUAGUCGUUGUCAUUCGAUAUUCUCUGUGUGUGCCUUUUUCGGUCAAAAUUGAAGAAAGAAUCCCCCCAGCGUUGAAGAGUUUUUUUUGUUGUUCGGGGACUUUUUCAAAAAUUUACAAUUAAAAACUAAAAAAAAAAACAAAAAAAGACAAGAGAAACAAAAAGCCAAAAUAUUGUUAGCAAAGCAUCUACAUGUAAAUUGAAUAAUCAAUUAAGUAGUUCAAUGUAUUUUAAAUCAAAGCCAUAAGUUGAAAUCUAAUCCCACUGUACAUACAAUUGCAUUUCGUAAUCUAGGUCUAGGAAGAACUACUUGGGCAGUUGGUGGAAGGGAUCUAAAAAUUUUCGAGUUUUAUUCUCAACUUCUACUCUUGAUGGACACUCCAGAGAUAGUUUACAGCACCCGUUCCCCACUCCAGAGGAACCAAAAAAAUACACAUUUUAGAAAAGUCUUAAGAUUAGAAAAGAAUAUGUGCCAUUGAAAAAUAUCUUUAAUGAAAACACCACAAUUUAGGAAUUACGUUUAUGUACAAUACAAAUUAAAGUUUAACUACGGAUGAUUAAUGUUAAAGCAAUCCAGUACAUUUUAGUCUAGGACACAGGCUACUGGCUACAGGAUACACACACGCACACACACACUCGAAUUGAAAGUCGAAACCACCGCACUACAAAAUCUUUGUACUUGGCGAAAAAUUGAUUUUAUCCUCUAUCGAUUUACUAACAAUUUAUUCAUUUCUGUUGUAUUUGAGUGCCUUAAUUUAAUUGAUGUUUUUUUUUAAUAUUUGUGCGUGGAUAAAUGAUGAGUAAUGAUGAGCGUAAGGAGUUUGUAUAUGAUUUACUUGUAGAGCGAAAGGAAAAAAACAACCAAGUUCAGGUUUCAAAUGGGCCCAACAAAAUUUCUAAAUCAAAUGGACGACAAAACCGAAAUUAUUGAAAUGAAAAAACAACCGAAAUUCCAAACACAUCGAGCAACAUUCAAAAAUGUUUAAUAGCGAUUAAAAUAACUAGUUAAAUGGUAGUUAAUAUAAAGGGUUAACUACUCACCCCAACUAAAAUGGAAAAUCAAAGUCUAUGUGGCGUUCGAGAUUUUAUGCCAAAAAAAACAAAACCCCCCCUUUCAAAAAUAAAUAUUAAAUGGAGGAUCUUAAACCGAGAAGAAAUCAAAUAAUAAAAAAAACAAGUAUUUAGUAUAAUUAAGUCCAAAUGUGUACAUAAAUAUUUGAAAGUUUGAAUUUUAUGCAAAUA